GGGUUAAAUUUAUCGUCACAUCCGGUUCUGCUGUUGCUGAUCCACGUGUGGACUGUCGUUAUAAACGAUCUGAAACAAAUAUAAACUCAUGCAGGGAUAUAUCGACUGUCACUGUCAUAUAUCUGCCGAGGAUUUUGACAGCGACAUUGACGAUGUCAUUCAGGAGUCUAAAAAGGCUGGGCUUGUUGCCCUUCUUGCAGUAGCAGAGCAUGCUGGUGAAUUUGAGAAAAUUAUACAGCUCUCACAAAGGUUCCCAGGAUUCGUUAUUCCAUGUCUUGGAGUUCAUCCUGUCCAAGAUCCAGCACAACCCAGGGGUGCUUUACUUGAGGAUCUAGACGCAGCAUUACCACUGAUCUACAAAUACAAAGAUGAUAUUGUGGCUAUUGGUGAGGUCGGUCUGGAUUUCACACCACGUGUAGUCAACAAUGACGCUGGGAAAGACAGUCAGAGACAGGUGCUCAUUCGACAGGCUGAAAUCGCAAAAAUGCUGAAUCUGCCUCUGAAUGUACACUCAAGAUCUGCUGGAAGACCAACAAUCCAUCUUCUGAAGGAGUUGGGUGUAGAGAAUGCUCUUCUUCAUGCAUUUGACGGAAAACCUUCGGUUGCGAUGGAGGGUGUAAAAGCUGGUUAUUUUUUCUCAAUACCUCCAUCCAUUGUCAGAAGUGAUCAGAAGCAGAAGCUGGUGAAGCAGGUUCCUCUGGAGAGCAUGUGUUUAGAGACGGAUGCUCCUGCACUUGGGCCUGAAAAACAGGUGAGGAAUGUACCAAGGAAUAUCAGCAUCAGUGCAGAAUAUAUUGCCAAAAUCAAAGGUGUUCCCUUGGAGAAGGUGAUGGAGGUCACUACCCAGAAUGCCCUGCGCCUCUUCCCCAAAUUAAAAGCAUUUAUCAAAGCCUGAUAUUAAAAGGGACUUAUGCAAA